AGGUGGCGGGAUUAACCCCCUCGGGGCUGGGCAGUGGCAGAACAUCGGCCCGGCCUGAGGGCAGCUCGCCUUGGAGAGCCGGGCACGGUGGGGUCCCGGCGUGUGGGCCGGACCGGGACGCGGCGGUGCCUGGCUCGGGGGGGCUGACCGCGCUGCGCCCACCCCUGGGCUGCGGCAUCGCAGCAGGCACCUGGUGGGGUCAGCCCCGGGCGGGCAGGCAGCCUGGCUGGGGUGGGAGUGAUGCGGGGCCCCCGCGUGAAGCACGGCGCGGGAGCCGGUCACCGUGUGUACAAAGGACUGGCCCGCCCCCCACACCCAGGGUUAAUAUAUUGGUGCAGCGCUUGGUGGAAGAUAAGAAUGGAUACAGAGUACCUCAAGAAAUGCAUAGGAAAAUGCUUAGCUGAGGGACUUGCAGAGGUGGCAGAGCAUCGGCCAGCAGACCCAAUUAAUUAUCUGGCAUACUGGCUUUACAAAUACAAGAAAAAAUUAAAUAAAGAAGAAGAGAGGAAGGUAGAGAGGGACCAGCUGAUACGAGAUCGUGCAAAGGCCCUGAUAGAACUGGAAAUGGUACAAAAACUGAAAGCAGAAGAGCUCCUGAUCAAGCAGAAAACUGAAGCACAUUAUCAGAAGAUAAUUAUUGAACAGUAUCCAAGAAAGAUGACAGCAGAACUGACCACCAAGUCUGGAACCUCUAAUUUGGCAAUGGUUGUAGAGGAUGAUGAGGACUAUUAUUUAGAGUGGAGGGCUGAUGAUAUGCCUUUUUAAACAGGAGCGAUACCUUAUGAGUGUAACAAAAUUGUAGUUUGAAGCAGAAGCCGUAGCAUGAUACAUCUGGCAAAAAUCAACACCUGGGACCGUGGACUAAUCUCUUAAAUCACUGCCAUGGAUGGUAUCUACACUCACAGAUGUAUGUCUCUAGUUGGUGGUCGGAAGGAGUUAAGGGAGGGAAAACCUGACCUUAAAUAGAAUCUAUACACCUUCAUCCAAAAAGAAAUGGAAUAUGUAUUCAAUAACCACACAGCUAUACAAGAGUGAUAAAACAAGGGUUGAAAAUCAAAUUAUAUAUUGCCAAAUGAAGAACAGUCAUAGUUUGCGAUUGAGUGGACAAUAUUAUGUGAGUAGAAAAGAAACUGGAUAAAUGUACUGCAUACUGACAAAAUAAACUCAUGUACACUGAUUGGCUGUGAACUAGAGUUCCUUGUGCAACAAAAUUUAUCUGUUGGAGUCAUGAAGGUACCUCUCCAGAGCAUAUCAGAAAUUAAGGACGCAAAUAAGAUGUUUGCUGUGUUUUUUAAAAAGCAACAAACUGUUCUAGCUUAAUGUUAACCUCUGCAAUUCACUGUCACAAGAAGUUCCUUCUCCCAUCUGGUCAGAGAAGCUGCUUGAGUCCCACAAUCCUGCUGACAUUAGAAGCAUUUCCUGUUUCCAUCUUUCAAGGGAGCUGGAUAGUUACAGUGAAAAUAAAUGGAGAAAAUCUUGGACUUAAAAGAGGAUUGUGCAAAAUCCAUUCCUUUCCUCCUCUCUGAAAACAAAAGCAACCUAUUUUUUGGGUUUUUCUUUCUCUUUCCUGUCUCACUCUGAAAUAUUUACAGGAGCAUAACAUAUAUGUGAAAGGUUUUUAGAUAGUAAAUGCAUUAAGUUUUAAUUUCAGCACAUGAAUGAAAACUUUAUUUUAAAAAGUUUAAAGUGAUAAGAACAACAAAUUUCUUGUUAUACUUGUUAUGAAACAAUAAGAAAGUUGUAGCAUUAGGUAAAAGCCUAGAAGAUGAAGGCAAAAGGGUGGUAAUGUUGGUGCCCUGGGAAAGGGGUAAAUGGCUAGUGGGUGAAGUCACUUGUCAUUGGAUAUUGAAGAGAGAUCAGUGAGUGAAGUUAUAAACUAUUAGGUAGAGGGGGACUUGGUUUGCUAAAAUUCAGAAAUGUCAGAUGUCCUGUCCACAUUUUAAAAACAUGGCUAAAUAAAGCUGGCUGGCUAGCUCAACUUUCUUUGUCUUCACAGUGUUGAAUUCACAAGGUAAUUGUUUCUAACUGUGGAAAAUGGAAUAGUUGAUAUUUAAUACCGUAAAUGAGUGAUUAAAUGAUGUUUGGUAAUCAAUAAACAUUAUCUGACUCAACAUACUUAAUAUGAAAGAAAGACAAGGUGCGUGAGGCAAUAUCUUUUAUUGGACCAAUGGUUGGUGAGAGAGAUGCUUUUGAGCCAGAAAGGUGGUCUUCAGGUCUGGGGGCAGGUGUACAUUUAAAACACUGCAUUGGCGCAGCUGUGCCACUGUAGCACUUAAAUGAAGAUGCUCCUAUGCUGACAGGAGAGUGAAUCAGCAUAGUUAAUCCAUCUCCACAAGAAGCAGUAGCUAUGCCGAUGGGCGAAUCCCUCCCGCCGACACAGCGCUGUCUACAACGGGUCAGGUCGGUAUAACUACAUUGCUCAGGAGUUUGGAUUGUACUACUGAUGUAGUUAUACUGAUAUAAGUGUGUAGUGUAGACAUGGCCUGGCAAAGCUACUCUGAGGGCAAGUCUACAUUACAAAAUUAAGUUGACAUAAAUUAGGUCGAUGUACAGCCACCGCCAUAAUUAAAUUGCUUUUUCAUAUCCACACUACACUCCUUGUUACGGCGGUGCGCAUCCUCACCAGGAGCCCUUGUACCUGUUUAACUGUCAGUGUGGGGCACUGUGGGAAAGGUUCUGAAAGGCAUCAACAGUUGCUGUAAACAAUGCAGUGUCUACACUGACACUGGAUUGACCUGUCAACCUAAGCCUCUUAAGGAGGUGGAGUUAAGUCGGUGUAGUAGGUGAGUUACAUCGGUUGGAGCUACAUUUUAAUAUAAAUGCUUACAGAGUUAGGUCAACAUAACCUAACUCUGUAGUGUAAACCAGGCCAGAGUCAUAGCACAAUUGCAAGGUGGAAUAGAUAGUGUAGUGUAAGUAGUUAGCUCAUAUUGUAAGGGACCAUUCUAGAGUGACCCGUUAACACCCCUGCAGUCAUAGGACAAAAAGAGGGAGUUAAUGGGUUACAGAUUGUUGUAAUAAGCCAUACAUCCAGUGUCUCUAUUCAGUCCAUGAUUUUUAGCGUCUAGUAAAGUUAUGAAUUUAAGCUCCCUGCCUUGUCUUUUGAGGAUGAGGACUGAUAGGUCAGAAAGAGAGUGAUCACUUUGUGAAAAAUAUUUAUCCACAGGUGAUAGGGUGUUUUGUCUUAUCAUUCACCUUUGUGAGUUAAUUCAAGAGCAUGGUGAUUGUCUGGUUUCACCUGCAUAGUUACUAUUGGGGCAUUUAGUGCACUGUAUGAGGUUUACCACAUUAUGAUAGGCAUGUGUAGGAUCCAUGGAUCUUCAAAGGUGUGUUGUGGCGGGUGUUGACCAUUGUAGCAGUGGAGAUAUGUCUGCAGGUUUUGCAUCUGUUGUGCUGGCAAGGUCUGGUGCCACUUUGAGUUGGUGUGUUCUUGUCUGUGGGGAGCUGGCUCCUGAUAAGCUUGAAGAGGUUAGGGGUUGUUUGGAAGCCAGAAGUGGAGGCUCAGAAAAAAUUUAUUUCAGGAUGGGGUCCCCAUCAAGUAUGGGUUGUAGUUGUUUGAUGAUACCCCAAUAUGGAUUCCAGUGUGGUGUGAAGGGUGACAACUAGGUUUGUGGUCAGAGAGGGUUUUAUUUCUGUAUUGAAGGAUGUUUUCUUGGGGUAUUUGGGUGGCCUCUUCCAUAAUUCAAUCUACUUCUCUGGUGGAGUGUCCUUGUUUGGUGAUGGCAGUUUUAAGUGCGUUAAGGUCUAUAUCCUGGACUUACUCUUCGCAGCAUAUUCUGAAUGCUUGGCUGUAGGUAACAGAUUUCUUGAUGCAUAUAAUAUGAAAGAAGUAGUAGAAAAAUAAAGACACAAUGGAAUGAGAAAAUAAACAAAUAAUUCUUACAAAGUUAAAUAUAAGCAUUGUCAAGAGUUAAGUAACUAGAUAGGAUUUGUGCUCAUCUCAGAGAGUGCAGAAAAUUGUAGGUGGAGGUGGUUAGUUAUUCUCCAGGAAUGAGUGCCAUUGAAUGAAACUUUGUCAAUUGAAGUAGAAGAGCAGAACGUUGAUCUGCAAGUGAGAGAUUUUCAGUGCCAUCAUCAACUAAAGGUAGUGGCAAUGAUGAUUUAAGUCCCCAUUCCAGGCCUUUGAGCAACACCUCAACAGUGUUUUCUAUGAAUCACAAAAUGAUUUUUAUAGGGAUAUUUGGCUCCAAAAGGAGAACUAAGGAUCACAUAGAUGUGAUUUAACCAUACACUAAACCCAACUGUUGCAUAUAGGUACAAAAUGUAAGAGAUGAAUGUAUUAAAAUUCAUGAAUGAAAUUAAAUUGUUCAUGCCUACUUGCUUAUAGAAAAGUAACAGUAUUCUUUGCCUGCAACUCUUUGCUUAUCAUUUCAUAAUUGUAAAAGAAUUACUCCAUGUCAUUGUAAACUUGUGGAGUAAUUCUGUUUGUUUCAAGUGUUAGCUCUUGUACAAGUAAGGGCUGAUGGUGUUUGGCUAGAUCCUGGCACAGAGCAGACAAGCUACUGCAGUGUUCCUCACUCUGAUCUGUCAAUUCACCUCAGCCCUAACUUGCUGCUUAUUUAUUAUUUUUCCAGCUCUGAUACUCGCCUGGUCAAAUACUCCCAAGUGUGCUAGAUUAUGGGUACAUACUAGAUUUCUGGUACAGUCAGAUUUACUUCACAGAUUAAGUUGUGGGGCAAAAUGCUCUUGAAAGCUUUGAUUGUACCCUAAUUUUGGACCUCCAGAGACUGCUAAAAAUCACUGAAAAAAGAGAAUCAAUGAAUAAACAGUAAUCCUGCCUUUUAGAUAUUAUAAAUCAUUCUUCACUUGUGGAAAUUAAAUAUUACAAAACAGAUAAUAAUGUGAUUUGAUUAUGUUGCCAAAAAGUGUAUUUGUUUAUGU